UUUGCGCUGCAUUAAUGGAAGUUAUUUGGUUAAAAAAUUAAAAAAAAAUAUAAUUUAACUCCUUUUGAGUGUUGAAAUUGCUAAAAAAUCGCAGAAAAACUUCUUUACCACAAAAAUCAUCGUAGAAAAAUCGCGUAGAUCGUCAUUAAACGGCAUAAAUUAGUUCAAAUAAUUCACUUGAAAGUGCACCAAUCUGUAUAAAAUUUGUACUUCAUCAAAGAAAAAAUUUCUAAUCGCAAGAAAAACGUGAAAAACACAAAAAAUAUCGGGAAUUUUCGCCGCACAGUUGGAUUACCGCAGAUUUUUUGACGAAAAAAAAUCAUCUGGAAUCGCCUGAGCUGGAGCAGAGCCCAAAUAUGUUAGGAUUAGCAGUAAUGCAGUAAAUUCGUCAUCGUCGUCAAAUGUUCUUCAUUGCUCUCUCAGAAUAAAAUGCAUCAUAAUCGACUACAAAUAUGUUCACCAAGAAGACUUAAACUAAUCAAUCGCAAAAAAUCGUGUUUAUGCAAAAACUACUCCAAAGUACUCUUAAAAGAAAGUCACCAAACCGCAUGGAAAUGUUGCCGCGAAAAUUUAUCCUGAUAGCAGCAACACUUGUCGUGUUAGCGUGUUGCGUGCCCGGCACGUUGCAAGAAUGCUCCUUGACGCGCAAAACAAACAAAACAGACGCCGAUGUGCUCAAGUGCAGCGCAUCUUCGCUCGCCGACGUCAUUUCGUACUGCGACAAGCACCGAACGCAACUAAGCACGCGUCAAAUUCACGACGUGCAAUUCGAUGCAAUCGCCGUCGGCACUAAACCUACAAAUAAUAAUAAUAUUAAUAAAGAUAGAAAAGACUUGAACACAAUAAUAUCAUCGCUUUUAACUGAGCAUCCUAUUUCGAUCCUAUCGUGGAUCAAGAGUAACUUGACUGAUGAACAGAUACAAUAUCUACUAAAUUUAAAUGAUAGCAGCAGCACGUACAGCAAGUUGCGCGAACUAGACUUAAGGAAUAAUCAAAUAGUUGAAUUACGGAGGACGUACUUCCGCAAUGUAAAUAGUCUGAGGACACUGAAGGUGUCGAGUAAUUUAAUUGUCACACUAGAUGCCGACAUCUUUGCGGAAUUGCCGGAUUUGCGGGAACUUUAUCUGGAUGGAAAUCACUUGCGAAAUCUCUCGCUUCAUUUGUUUGCGCAACUGCCGAUGCUCGUUAAGCUGGAUUUGUCGAAUACGAGUUUGCGGGAUUUGCCGCGUUCCGUCUUCGAAGGACUUACAUCGUUGAGCGAACUGUACUUGUCCGCAAAUCGACUUGAUGUCUUGCCUUUUCAGGUUUUCCGGGAUUUGAAGGAUCUUCAAACUCUCGAUCUCUCCCACAAUCAACUCCUCUCAUUUUUGGACAACAACUUCAUUCACAACAAGCAUUUACGGAUCCUCAACUUGAAGGACAAUCGCAUGGGAAAAGUAUCCAAACACGAGUUUUACGGCCUACGCGAACUCGAGCAACUGGAUCUCUCGUUCAACAGCAUCACGCAAAUAGACCGCAAUGCCUUCGACACACUCGAGCGCCUGAAACACCUGAAUCUCGAACAUAAUCAGCUGGAAACGUUGUCAACGAGCACUUUUGCCGCCCUGCGAGGCCUUCAAUGGCUCAAAUUAAGCGACAAUCCCCGCUUAAACCAAUUGCCGAACGGAAUUUUUGCGCAUCAACAUCAACUGAGCGACCUGUUUAUCGACAACACGGGCAUCGAACGUUUCGCAAAUUGGGUAUCGCGCGACAAUACAACCGUAAAUAAAUUUAUUUUGCGGAAUUUGAAGAUUUUGAGUGUGCGGCAUAAUGAGAGGCUUGUCGAAAUUGACGGAAUUACGUUCAAAAAUUUAGUUGGACUUGAAGUGCUUUAUUUGUCGGAUAACGCCUUGACAGCAAUUCCCAAAGAAAUUGGCGAAUUAAAGGCCUUGCGAUUGCUGGAUGUGUCCAAUAACAGUUUAAAUUCCAUCCCGGAGCAAAUAAGUCACUUACCCGACCUGCGACACUUGAAUUUGUUGCAUAACGACUACGCCUGCGAUUGUCACAUGUACUGGAUCGUCAAAUGGAUCGAAGAUUUGCAAAAUCGCACCAACAUUUCGGCACACGGGCUUUUGCGAUUAUCCGAGCUCAAGUGUCGUCACGGGUAUCCGGGCGAUAUUCUCUCAGUUUUGCAACAUCUCCAUUGUAUCAAGCCCGUUUUGUUGUCUUCGAGCGAAAAUCGGAUGUACCAACUGAAGGAAGAUGCGAUGUUGCAAUGUUCUUUCGCCGGCAAUCCGCAUCCCGAGAUCAUGUGGAUGACGCCAUGGAUGGAAAUUUUGCGUUAUAACCAAGAUCCCGACCAGAAAACCAUCCAAACGGAUCACAACGGCAAAUAUGAGCAACAAAUCGAGUACAAAUUCUUGAAAGAAACGAACUUUACGGACACGGUAACAGUCCCGCCCGGGCUCACAGUCUUCGAAAAUGGCACUUUGAGGAUUCACACGAUCUCGAGACGUGACAGCGGACUUUAUACUUGCUUCGCCAUGAACAACAUGGGAAAUGCUUCCGCUGAUAUUCGACUUUAUAUCGAUCCAAUUGUGUUUUAUAAGGUGAAAAUUUACUCGAUUCUCGUGGGAGCGAUUUGCGCCUUUGGAUUUCUGCUGUUAACGUUGCUGAUUCAGGCGAUGGCUUGGUGUUGCAUUCGUUUCAACAUAAUUGAGCUAAUUUGUGUGAAUUGUUGCGGUUAUUGCUACAAUCGGGAUAAGACGUCGAGAAGAUCGCGACAAAUCUACGGGAUGUUGGAUAGUAUUGAGCAUUAUAAGAGUCAGCAGUUGGAGCGGUUGAGGGAGAAUUAUACGCAACAAGUGACGAGGAUUAAGGAUAAUUGCACGCAACAAGUUGAAUGGAUUCAGGGCAGUUAUUCGUCGCAGGCGAAACAUUUGCGAGAGAUUCGAGACUAUGGAAGUCAUCAUUUGACAGCUUUGAAGGAUCAGUAUUGCGAUCAGGUUCGUCGCGUUCGUGACUACUCCACGUCGCAACUCAACUGGGUCCGCGAAAAUUACGUGUUUCAACGCAACAAAAUCCGCAAGUUCUCCGCCCAUCAAGUCAUCCGUUUGCGCGAAGGCUACAAAUACCAACAACAAACACUGAACAAAGUGCUGGAAAAUCUUCCGAGUUUCUAUUUCGAAAAUUGUCGGGCACGUUGCGAAGACGACGAAGGCAUCGACGGCGUCACAUCCCCAAAUAUGUAUGUCGUAUCAAAAUAUUGUAGUCAAAAUAUGAGGUUCAUUUCCGGCAAUGAUGGUUCAUAUUUUGAGGUUUAUAUCAAGACGAAACUUGACCAACUUGCGACGGAUGAUCCACUUUUAGCGAAUGCCACGCCCACGCGCGAGCGAAAUUUGGAGAAUUUCUCGACAAAAAGCUACGACGAGAGCAAGGCAUCGGUUUAUUUCACGCCAACUGAAGCUGAUUUGUUGAGUCCGCAGGCGCCACAAACGUCGCCCAUUCACAUCAACUACAUCGAUAACGGUGUGUCGGAUGCCGCCAAGCCUUGGAAGUCUUCGAAAUUCCCGCGUUUCACGGUCGACAAGGAGCGUCGAACUUCCAGACGUACAAAUCGUUUGCGAGGCGGCGAUUAUUUGGCAGAAGAAACGGGCAUGGAUAACAACGGCGAUUGUGGGGUUCCGUUCAUGGGCGAUUAUUACGACGACGCCAUCGAGGAGGAAUUUGAGACGCGCAAGGGCAGUUGCAAGAGCAAACGUGCCAGUUACGCGCUAAAUCACGCCGAAAAACAACCCUUGAACGCAAAAUCUCCCGUCGCCUCGACCUCCAAGGAAUUCCAUUCGUUCGAAGACCUGCAAUUUAUCGAGAACAAAGCCACGGAAAAACCCGCGGGAAUCAUUCCGAUCCUCAAACCCAGCAUCAAAAAGCAAAAUUCUAAAGUGCUGCUCGACGAAAAUGGUCUCGUGACGUCACGCGUCACCGAAUCCAAUGGCGACGUUAAGAUGAAUGGAAGCGCAAUUGCACCGUGUGCAAGUUUACCGGAAAUUCCGACGCAAAAGAGCAGCGAACCUGUCGCCAAUGGCCACAAACGGAACGGAAGUAAUCAUUAUCAUGGCAAACAUGUGAUUUUAGCUGUAGAUAAAUCGGAAGUGCGUGAAUGUUGAGACCUUUAAUUUUUUUCUUUAAUUUUUUCCUGUUGACCAAGAUUCAUUUAAACGAUGAGAAAACUGAAAUUUUUCAAAAAAAGCACAAAUUCCAUAAAAAAAUUGAAAAAAAUAGUAAAAAAUAGAAUUUUACAAAGUCUUAAUCUAAAUACAGUCCUGCAGUACACCACCUGAAAUAGACUUAAACUCACUUUAGAAAUCAAGCGACAAAAAUCUGAAAAAAAAAUUAUUAAAAAAUGAACCUUUAAAAAAAAAUCUCAUCAAUCAUUUCAAGCGAAACAUUUUUUUAGAGAUAUUUUAGUAAAAAAAAAUAAUCUUAAAAAAAUUGUUAAACUGUAUUCAGAAUAAUAAUAAAAAAAAAAUCGACGAAAAAAAAUUUAUAACAAAAAAAAAAGGAAAGUAGAGAUCAUCAACUUUAGAAACAAAAGUAGAAUAAGGAAUUAGGAUUGAACAAUGUGUGCAUAAGUAGUUAAUUUUUUUCAUUUUUUUUUAAUUAUUAUUAUUUUUUAGUUAAAUCCAAUUUUUUUCUGUAAAUAUAAACUUUAAGUCAAUCUAUUAAUUUUAUUUUUUUUUUCUUAAAAAAAAAAUUAAAAACUAACAAAUUUUUGUUAAAUAUUCGUUUGAUGUUGCUUAAAAAAAUUAAAUUUAAGAAUUUAUUGGGAUUUUUUAAAGUAAGGCAACAUACAUUAGAGAAAAAAGGAGGAAAAAAUUCGGUGAGGCAAUUACCGCGGAGUAUUGAAUAAAAUUUGCUCAUCAGUUCCUGAUUGAACUCUUUUGAAAUUUUAUUGUAGAAAGAAACAAAAAAUAUAAAAAAAUAUAUAUGCAAAAAAAAAUAUACUUAUAUUAUAUAUAUCUUCCUUCUAAUGUAUACUCAAUAAAUUUAAUAAAUAUCAUUAUGAGAUAGAAGCACAAAAAUUAAAAAAAAAAAAAAAUAAAUAAUGGGUCAAGAAUUUAAAUAUUAAAAUUAAAAAAAAAAAAUAUAAAAUUUUGUGCUUCUUUCUAUAAAAAUACGUAUAUAAAUUUACGCAAGCAUAGAAGUCUAUAUAAUAUAAAAAGUAUUCAAAAAAAUUAAAAACAUAUAUAUGAAAAA